UGAUACCGCUGGCGAUCAUUCAAUUGGUUAUGUCACAAACCUACCAGAUGUGCAGCAGCAUUCACUCCGGGCACUACGUCUUGUUACACAAACAACGAACAACUAGAGUUCCUUCUGAAAUAGGCGUAAACCAUCCCUGCAAAAAGCAGAAAGACAUAACCUUGGAAGUAUCCUGAACGGUGAAUGGAGCUGUAACAGGUACAACUAYCAAACGACAGCUAUUGCAUUUUGAUUCAAUCUGAAUUUGAAUCGAACGAGCAUUACGAUGUCUACCCCUUGGAAUCCUAACAACCACGGGUUUACGUCUGGUCCGCCAGGAAAGAAUYCACCUCCAGGUUCAGCUGCCGUUGCUCUAAGGAAUGGCAACAGCAGCACAACAUUUGAUGCGAGAAACAACAUAGAUAGUACCGCAUCGUCCGAAGCAACACRAAAUCYGAAAGCGGGACCCACAAAGGAAGAAAAGGGCCAAGGGCAGGAAAAAUCACAACGGGCUACUCYGAUGAUUCCCACUCAGCAACAAAUGCGCGAUCAGCAACGUCCAWUUUCUUCCACUUCAACUACUUCGGCAACAUCUUUCCACGCUGGUUCAUCUAAUGGAAUUCCKCAUCCGCCCCACCACCAUCCGCAGCCAUCCUCUGGGAUGGGUGGCAAUAAUAACUAUCACAUGGCACCUCAAUAUCGUCAUGCACCUAGCCACCACCAUCCUUCCCAUGGUCAACCCAAUCAUUUUUAUAACGGAGAUCAGAUGAUGGGUGCGGUCCGAGGCCAAGGACGCCCGCACGAUCCAGAUCAUGCCAUGCAAAACAAUAAUUUCCACCAUCACAACUUAAAUCGCCCCACCGGGAGAUAUCCUAUCCAGCAUACGGYCCCAGAAGGAUUUGGACACCAUCCGCAUCCGCAUGGACAUGGACAUGGACAUUUCGGUCGUCCUGGUCCAGCGAGAAACUAUCAUCAACACCAACAGCAUCAACCUCAGUUCCAUUCAUUUCCACAAGUACCUCACACAAAGGGGGGUACAAUAACGCAAGGAAUGGGGCAGCAGGUAGGCAGCCGUGGGCCUUCACCUACCCACCCGCAUCCGCAAUAUUUAUCGCAGGGUCGGAAAUCUGUGUCACCAAUUCCCCCKGGCGUAGCAGUAGCGAUCGCGCAGUCUCAGCCUUUACGACGUCUUUCACAGAAUUCAAGCGYCAACAACUCUACUGAUUCCAGUUCUGGCCCUGUCGUGCCCCACGAAGAUACUGGCAAUCCAAGUAGUAACCGGGUACCCACUGGGUCGUACCAAUCGAAACCAGUGACGUCACAGCAGAACCAACAACAGCAGCAAACUAGUGUCGGACAUUCUGCUCCACUAAGGCCACCCUCGCAACAAGAAAUGGCUGAUAUAUCGUCACAGGACCAGUACCGCCAUCGUGGUGGCCCUCCUGAUAUGCACCAAGGAUAUCAAAACCARCCGUAUCAGAACCAGUUUCCACAKACUGAUCAUAUUCAUUACGGUGGUCAACCGCCGAUGCACAACGGAGGUCACCCGAACAGCAUGCAAUCAGAUAUGCAAAAUUACAAUUAUCAUCAUACCUCACAUGGCCCAUCAACAUCAGGACCUCCUCUUGCACACAAUCACUACCGUGGUUAUCCAGAUAAUGGGAUGCCUACUGGUUAUCCCCAUGGACCUGGGGGACACCGUGAAAUGUAUCCGCAUCCUUCCAAUCAACAUUAUCAUCAGCAACACCAACAGCCACAUUCAUACGGAAAACCUCUCCCUCCUCCACCUGCUCCGCAACGUAUACCAGGGCAUGGCUUUCAGCUACCGAAAUACAAUUCAAACCUGACAACGAGUGAUCCAGCAACAUCUGACAACAAGAACGAAUCCAGAAAGUCCACCAACCGUUCUCCAUCGCCACCACCAUCUCCUCCACCUGCACCCUCUGCACAAGCAUUACUACGAGCAAGGCUACGCCAACAAGAGGGUGCGAAGAAAACAACAGAUGAAAUGUCAACAUCAUCUCCAACUACUGGAGACAUGAGCAUCAAUAGUAGUACAAACGAAAACCCUAGUCGUAGAAAUAGUAGUGGAAGUCACUCUUCGAUGGUUGGCAACAAACCCACGGCCCUUGGAGAUCGGGGAAAUGUUGCUGUAACUUCCCGUGGUUCUACAUUGGGAAAGAAGCAGACGAAUCAGCCCGUGUCAAAGCCAGCAAAACAAGAAGACGUUACUGCGGAUGCUGCGUCAAUAUUACUGCAACUCGGCUCCAUGAACCGAUCCACCGGUGGUACUGAAAACCAAAAUCCUUGCAGUCAUCCUUCACCCCCAAUCCCAAGUUCUGUUCAACACUCAUCUUCCAUGGACGAUGUCUCAGACGCCGGAACCAUGCUCACGAUGCAAACUGAUGUUCCAGAUCUCACCAGCGGUCCAUCUUCGGAUUCCAUUGAUACAGARAUGAGCGGUGUCAGCGCAAGUAGACCUAUGGAUACGCCGACGAAAAGUAAUCUCACAACAAAAGUGACCACGAAGCAAGAACCCGAUACGGAUUUCCCAUGCCCUGUUCCUGACCGCUAUCCUACAAGACUGGCUCUUCCGUAUGAUAAUGCGAAACUGAACAACCUCCAUUGUUUUUUGCGAUCAGAAUUGCUUGAGAUUUUUGUCGUCAGCAAAUCAAACAAGAAGUCUCCAUGUCAUUCUCCGAGCUCCUCAGUGGGUCGYGUCGGACUCAGAUGUGUGCAUUGCGCAAUGAAUCGAAUGUCUUGUGCAGAUGCACCCAUGUCUGUCUUUUAUCCGAAAUCUAUAGCCGAGAUUUAUCGACUUGUGACAUCAUGGCAACGUUGUCAUUUGAGGAAGUGCAAGAAGAUUCCUCCUGGAGCCAGARCUGAGUGGCAAAAACUACGCGAUACUGAUAAAUCCAGGGGAAAGACCCAUUAUUGGGUAACUUCGGCAAAGCAGCUAGGACUAAUGGAUUGUCAAUCUCGGGCAGGAGGCAUUAGAUUCAAGCCAGACUUUGAYCCCAGCACUCUGCCACCAAAUACCCCACUGACUCCAUCGGCGAAGGAAGCCAAAGAAGCCGCGGAGAGGGCGGCGGCAAUUGCUGCCAAGGCUCAGAAAAUAGUCUCUUUGGCUACCGCCGUGACAACUACCAGCAUAGCGGCAGCUUCAGCAAAAUUAGAGGAGAGUACAGUCAUGACAGAUGCACCAUCCACUGAAGUUUUGGCCUCAGCAGCAAUUCAUACCUAAGGAAAGGAACUAGAAAAAAAWUYCAACACAUGAUGURAUUGGGGUGGCGUCUGAAGAAUGAAGGGGUAAUUCAUAUACGACAAUUAGAAUAGUAGGAGGUUCCAGUGCGAUCUCUUUUUUAAAAAACUACGUUUCAAAAUAAWUUAAAGUUCAUUUUUACAAUAAAGUCAUUCAGGCUUU